AUGUUUAACCCACAAGAUCAUCUUGGAACCCCUCCACCACCUUCUCCCUCAAAUGCAUCCUCAACUACUCCACCUAGUGAAUCUCCAAAACCUAGGUUUCGAAGGCAGAAAAUGCUUGCCCGAAAAACUGUAGCAUCUGGGGCUCUAAGGAAGGUUUUAAAAGAAAGGUUCAAAGCUAGCCAAGUGAAAGAAAUCCCAGCUCAAAAUUCUGAUUCUAGCUCUGAGACUGAAUCUUUUCAAUCCGCGACUGAGGGAGAUGGACAUGGGUCUUCUGACUUUGAGAAGACUCAAGAAUUUCCUAUUGAGAAGUCUGAAAAAGAAAAAGAGAGAGAGGGUGCAUGUGGCGAAGAGAGGGGAAAUGGGAAGGGAGCAGCUCUUGAUAUAUGUGGGGUUGCACAAGAGAAUGACAUGAAGUCAGGGGGAAGUGGUUCUAGCGAAGCUGCAGAGGGGUUGAUUCAUCUGAGCAAACGAAGAGAUGAACCAGUUUCAUCUACUGAAGAGACCCUAGCUGAUCUACUGAAAAAGGUUGGAGCAAGCUAUGAUCCAAAGAAAUUGCCUAGGGGUAGAGCCACAAGAAGCAGGGUAAAACAGAGUGAAGCUGAUCUACAAAAGGCUUUAGAAGAAAGUAAUAAAAAGAAAAAGAAAAAGGAUAAGGGAAAGGGAAAGAUUGCAGAAUCCUCUGAGGCCGUAGAGGAAGAGGGGAUGGAACUAGUCCAUCAAGAGAGGGGUACAUAUGUGGAGGUUCCUACACCCAAGCCUAAAAAACCCAAGACUUCCUCCAAGAAGUCUUCUUCUGUACCUGUAGCUGCUGAACCCUCACUUGCCAAGAGGACAAGAUCUACAGUGAAAGCUAAACAAACAAAAGUUUCUGAUGAUGAGGAUUGGAGUGGAGAAGAAGAAGAAAAUGAAUCUGAGAAAGAACAGGACAAGCUUGCCAUUUUUUGCAAAAGAAAAAUCUUGAAAGGUAGACUGUGGAAGGACCUGGUGGAACCAGGAAUGAUGAGAUUGAUAGACUGCUUAGUAGCUCAAGGUUGGAAGGACAUGGUCCUUCAGAUGGAAGGAAGGCUAGCUAGAAAUGAGUUGGUUGACUUCAUGGCAAAUGCUGCUAUUAAGGAUGGAGUUGUUAGUAGCCAGGUGAAGGGAGUUCAAGUGCACUUCGAUGCUGUGAAACUGGGAGAAAUUCUGGAUACCCUCUUAAGGGUUUGA